CACGGCUGGGUCACGGAGUAGGCACCUCAUCCAUUUUACUAGGCACUAGUAAAACUCUCACAUUUUCCAGAGUGACUGCUCCAAUACCAGCAAUAAAAGUUCUUAAUGUUCUCCCUCCUUCCUGACACAUGGCAUUUUCUGGCUUUCCAGUGAUUCCCAGUCGUAACAUUUCAUUGAACAAAUGAAUCAACGACUAGAAAUCUGGCCAUAUCUGCCUCCUUUGGCACACUGAGAAAGCCCAUGCCUACAGCCUGCUUGGAAGAGUCUAGAAGCUUCAGAGUGCUCUCCUCCACUAGGGCAUCUUCCAGAUCUGCCUACGACUGCACCCCACCCCGAAGGGCGAGGGGUUCUCUGUAAUAGGUGGAAAACUGAGGCCCACAGCAGGCAUCAGGGGAGACUAGCUCCUUACCAGCCACCCAACUGAAACAGGAGCCAGGAGACUUAGUGCCCCUUCCUGGGGUUCCAAUGCUGGAGGACCAGCCUCUGAGCAGCUCCACCCUCAGCAUCUCAAUUCCCUCCCUCUCUAGGGCCCUCAGCCUCACACAGCACGGGCGAGAGUCCCUGGGAACUGUGGGAGCCCAGGGAAUGUGGACUGCAGAGACAAAGCUGGGAGUGCUCACAAGGAAGACUGUCCCAAACUGUCAGGGCCCCAGCACCCAGUCUGAGAAGCUCUGGGCACAAGUGGCCCCGUAGACGCCAGACACACAGAGCCUGAGCUGGGCUCAUUCUCCAGAUAGAAGUUCUUCCUCCCGUUGCCCUGACACCUGGCACGCGGCCUGCUCGAUGUCCCAUCUAACCCAUCUGCGCCCUCCCCCAGCUGGGCAUCAGCACCCUGGCUGUUGAAGGCCAGUCGGGGUGAUGGAUGAGGGAGUGACUCCUCAAGGGGCCCUUGUGGUUCCUCCCCCAGAGCUAUUCCUGGCCUGGGCGCCUCUCCACCCUCCAGUCCUCCUGCUUGACCUGACCCCACAGCUGGGAAUCGUUUGCUGGGGGUGGGGCAGCCCCUGACUAUAUAAGCCUGGACCUAGGUGUCCCAGGCACCCUAGAGGCCCAGGCCCCCCAAAGGCUGACCCCUGCACACUCCAGCCUGGCCCCCCAGCCAGUCCAGCAAUGAUGGAAAAAAACACCUCCGAGGGCCCUGCCUGCAGUCCAGAGGAGACCACAUCUGAAUCUGCCAAGGUGCCCACCGCAGAGCCUCCCGGAGAAGUGGCAGUAUCAGAGUCCACUGGGGAAGAGCAGGUGCCCAAGCCGCAGGCCCCUGCCCCACAGGCCCCCGCAGCCUCCACAGCCACUAAGUCUGCACCCCCAAGUGAAGAUGUCCCCAGUGCCCCACUGCUGCUGACCCUGGAGGAUGUGAGCAACAGCUCCGUGACUGUGAGCUGGGAGCCCCCAGAGAGGCUGGGGAGGCUGGGCCUCCAGGGCUACGUCCUGGAGCUCUGCAGAGAGGGAGCCUUGGAGUGGGUGCCUGUGAGUGCCCGACCCAUGAUGGUGACCCAGCAGACCGUGCGGAACCUGGCUCUGGGAGACAAGUUCCUCCUACGCGUGUCUGCAGUGAGUUCCGCGGGGGCUGGCCCGCCGGCCAUGCUGGACCAGCCCAUCCACAUCCGAGAAAACAUAGAGGCCCCCAAGAUCCGUGUCCCCCGCCACCUCCGUCAGACCUACAUCCGCCAGGUGGGAGAGACGGUCAACCUGCAAAUCCCCUUCCAGGGGAAGCCUAAGCCUCAAGCCAAAUGGACCCACAACGGCCAUGCCCUGGACAGCCAGCGGGUGAGCGUGCGCACCGGGGACCAGGACUCCAUCCUCUUCAUUCGCUCAGCCCAGCGCUCUGACUCUGGCCGCUACGAGCUCACCGUGUGCGUGGAAGACCUGGAGGCCAAGGCAGUCAUUGACAUCCUGGUGAUUGAGAAACCUGGACCCCCCAGCGGCAUCCGGCUCCUGGACGUCUGGGGCUGCAAUGCUGCUCUUCAGUGGACGCCACCCCAGGACACAGGCAACACAGAGCUCCUGGGCUACACGGUGCAGAAGGCAGACAAAAAGACAGGGCAAUGGUUCACAGUGCUGGAGCGCUACCACCCAACCACCUGCACCAUCUCUGACCUCAUCAUCGGCAACUCGUACUCCUUCCGGGUCUUCUCAGAAAACCUGUGUGGACUCAGCGCCUCGGCCACCGUCACCAAGGAGCUCGCCCACAUCCAGAAGGCAGAUAUUGCUGCCAAACCUAAAGGGUUUAUUGAGCGAGACUUCUCAGAAGCCCCCUCAUUCACCCAGCCACUGGCUGACCACACCUCCACCCCUGGCUACAGCACCCAGCUGUUCUGCAGUGUCCGAGCUUCACCCAAGCCCAAGAUCAUCUGGAUGAAAAACAAGAUGGAGAUCCAGGGCAACCCCAAAUACCGCGCCCUUUCUGAGCAAGGCGUCUGCACCCUGGAGAUCCGGAAACCCAGCCCGUUUGAUUCUGGGGUCUACACCUGCAAGGCCAUCAAUGUGCUAGGGGAGGCAUCUGUGGACUGCCGGCUGGAGGUCAAAGCCUCAGCCACGCACUGAAGAGCCACGGGAGGAGGCUGUGAUGAGGAACCAGGUGCUGCAGGCCUGAGGGGCCAGGUCCGCCAGGCCCACAGUCAAACUCCAGAGAUGCCCAAGACCCCCGCUUCCAUAGCGACGGCUGAUGGAACCGCCCCUGGUACCUGCUGGCCUCCCUCCCCCAGAGGCUGGUGUCCAGAACUCAGGAAUGGGCCUGGUAGGCCCCAGGCCAGACUAACUGGGCUCAAGGGGUGCUGGAAGGCACAGAGAUUGGAGUGCCCUGCGGAGUUGCACACUAGGUGGGAAGCAUUCAAAUAAAGAUGCGUGGUGUUACAGUG